AUGGCGAAUCACAACAUCCACAAGAGCUUCAUGCACUUCUGCCGUGCAACGGAGGCCUCGCUGUCGCUGCCCCCCGAGCUGCUGCUGAACAUCUUCGCCCACCUGCCACACGAGUCUGUCGGACCGCUCCUCCUCGUGUGUCGGGAUUGGAACGCACUCGUCUCCUGCCCAGGGUCGUGGACGGUCUGGCGGGAGUGGGUCCGGCAAGCGGCGCCCGAGGUCUACGAGGCGGCGCUGGUAAGGGAGCAAUCGGCGCGCAAGGCGAGUCCGUGCUGGCGCGCACUCUACGUCGCCCGCGAGAGCUCGCGGUUCCUUCGCCGGCAGCGGCAGCAGCGGCAGAAGCAAGAAGAUGCUGCGCGCGUCGAGAAGGAGAAGCAGCUGCGUGAGCAGGAGCAGCUGAUGAUGGCUCAGAUCGCCUACACGAGCAUGGCGCUGAGCAGCGAGAAGAAGGCGUGGAAGCAGAUGCUCACGGUGGUCUCCAUCUCGUCGCUCACCACGUUCGCCUUGUUCGCCUCCAUGUCCCUCGCCUACUAG